CAUUACAGAAACAAAAUCCAUAAUAAUCGAUUAAUCGAUUUAAUUAAACUUUUGUGUUGGUUCGUCUGCUUGGCAAUCCUCAUAUCAGUUUGUUAUUUUCACGAGUUCUUCAAUAAUUUCCCCGUUCAAGCAAUACGUUAUAACAAGAACAAGAGUGUGUUUAAUAUUGGCAAUCUAAAGACCUGUUUUUAAAUAUAACUACAAAGAAUGGAAGCAGGAAAAAAAGGGCAGGAGAAAACAAAGGAAGAAAUUUUGGCAGAGAGAAAGGCCAAGAAAGCAGAAAAGGCUGCUAAGAAAUCUCAACCAGCAGUUAAAGCUACUACUCCUACUCCUGCUGUUCCUGUACCAGUAACAGUAGUUUCAGAACCACCUCAAACUGUCAAGGAAAUUAGUAAUCCUGCUAAGGCAGAUGAAACUGGAAAAUCAAAAGCAGAACUUAAGGCAGAGAGGCGUCAAAAGCAGGAAGCUCAGAGGGCUGCUAAAGCAGCACCCGCUGCACCAGAAGCAAAGCAAUCUGCAGCACCUAAAGCCGCACAAGCAAAGAGAAUUCCUGAUCAGAUUCAAGCUGACAGACCAAGUGUGGAGAAGAGACUGGUGAGAAAAUGUGUAACCCAAAAGGUUCCACAGCUUCCUCCUGCUGAAAGAAAAAUUCAGUUAUUUUCCCAUCUUCAUCAGCAAGAAAGAAGAAUUGGGCUACUCACAAAAGACUUAUCCAUAAAUCAAAGCAAUAUUCAUCCUGCUGUAAUUAAACUUGGUUUGCAGUAUGCAAGUGGUAUCAUUUGUGGUAGCAAUGCCAGAGCUGUAGCUUUACUGGAGGCCUUUAAGAAGGUUAUCUCUGAUUACUCUACACCAGAGCACAAGGAGCUAUCACGAGACCUAGAAAAUAGUCUGAAACCUUGCAUUAACUUUUUGAAACAAUGUCGGCCUAUAUCAGUUUCCAUGGGGAACGUCAUACGUUUUCUAAAGAGACACAUCACCAACAUCCCUUCCGAGUACAGCGAUGUUCAAGCAAAACAAUAUCUUCAUGAACAAAUUGACAAAUAUAUCCAAGAAAACGUCGAAUUAGCAGGGAAGGCGAUCUGUCAAGAAGCCAGUAAAAAAAUUGCUUCUGGUGAUGUCAUUCUGACUUACGGCUACUCAUCGCUACUGCUGCAAAUUUUGUUGAAGGCAUUCAACGAGGAUAACAAGAAGUUCCGAGUUGUUGUGCUAGACAGUAGCCCAAGAUCAGAAGGCCUUCAACUUCUUCGGCGACUUGUAGCUGCCAAAAUCCCUUCAGUUUACAUGCUCAUCUCGGGAGCCUCUUACAUCAUGCCAGAGGUAACGAAAGUUUUGUUGGGAGCUCACGCUUUGUUGGCGAAUGGUAACGUUAUGUCACGCGUUGGCUCAUCCCAAGUGGCCCUUGUUGCUAAAGCCCACAACGUGCCGGUGUUGGUCUGUUGUGAGACUCACAAGUUUUGCGAACGCGUCCAAACCGAUUCGUUUGUAUUCAAUGAGCUAGGUGACCCAGACGACCUUGUUGCGGCCGUCAAAGGAAAACCGUUCGUUCACUCUAUCGCCAAUUGGAGGGAAUUACCCCAACUUUCUCUUCUUAACUUGACUUAUGACGUGACGCCAGGCGAUCUUGUUACAGCUGUCAUAACCGAACUGGGCAGUGUUCCUUGUACGUCGGUCCCGGUUGUUUUGCGUGUUAAGCAUGCUGAAACGGCUAUAUAAAAUAGGUUUGAUUGGUUUAUUAUAAAAAAUUUGCUGGUGGUGAGAAAAUACAAUUUUCUUCUGAUAA